AUGAUGUCCCUACUGGAUGGUUCCGGGAUGACUGGCGACAUUUGGUCUACUGGCGCCUUUGCCAUUGAGUCUCCAUUGAAGGACUUGCUGGACAGCGGCAACUAUAGCUUGGAACAGUUACUGGCGGAGGACGAGCUGUUGCAAGAGCUAAGAGGACUUCACCCUCAAUUGCUGGAUUAUUUCUCGACCGAAGAAGCCGUCGCAUCCCUGGUUCGAUACCUCAUUGCAGAUCCAAACAAAGCGGUGGAAGAGACACAACAACAGCAGGAAGAAGAAAAAGAGCCAGAGCAAGAAGAGCCACAACAACAACCACAACAGCAAGAGCAACCACAAGAAGCUCAAGAAGGCGAAGAAAAACGCGCGGAGCCAGGAAAGUGGCUCUUUCAACAUUUAGACGACAACAAAGCGUCCAAUCAGAAGCAAAACUCGGCGGCUGCUGACUUGAUGAACCCCGACAAUAUAUCGAUUCGCUUUCCUUACUUGGCUUGUGAAAUAGUAUGCUGUGAACUGCAGGGACUCAUUAGCAUUCUCGUCGAUGGCUAUGUUCCUACUACCAACAGCGGCGAGUCAGUAGAGUCGGCUGCCAAUGAUGAUGAGAAUCAAACACAACAAAAAGACGAAGCAGCAUCAGAAGAACCCAGACAGCGGAUCUUGGAUCUGUUGUUCUCGCUGCUCUAUGACACAGACGUCGGUCAAUUGGACGACUACCGAGCUGGCUAUUUCGAAAAAAUCUUGUCAGUCCUCUUCCGAAAACGGCCUCAGGCUCUCAGUGACUACAUUAAUGAUGGUGGAGGAAAAGGCAAUGUCACAUUGAUGAAAGCCAUGUUCAAACAUUUGUAUUCCCAUUCCAUUAUGCAACUCGUUCAGAGGCUACUGCUGCCGCAGCCACCACAAUUACAGCAACAAACAAACCCAGAGGUCAACGCAGACGAAGCGGAAGAAGACGAAGGUAAUCUCAUCUUGGGGGCGCCUGGAAUGGAAGCCAUCGCGGCAGCAGCUGCAGCUCAAGGUGUCAUUGUAGCAGAAGCCGACGACGAAACAAAGACACUCCAGUGCAACUGGUGUGAGACAGAAGAGGCACUCAACCUCUUGUUGCAACCACUGAUCAAUCCAUCGGGAUACGGUGAAAAUGGAGGAGCUACCAAUAGUUUCUCGGAUGAAGAACAGGAGCGAAGGCUCAAUCUGUCGCAAAACUCGUCCGAAGUGCUCAUUACCAUCAUUCAGAAUUCACCACUCAACUCACAGACAAUGCUAAUCUUGACGGUCGAUCCGAUCAUGGAUAAACUCAUCAACGGAGCUUCGACUCUUCGGGACGGAGAGGAUUUUAGUCCCCAUGAGAGCACCCUCACGGCAACCAUGAAUGUGUUGGAAAGUCUCGUCCUUCAACUGGGAGGCUACGGCUCGGUGGGAACCAUAUCACUUCUCCCCACGGACGAGGACGGAGAAGAAAAAGACGGAGAAGAUCCGGAACAGCCACCGCCUCCACAAUUCGCAGAUCUCAAAUUCUUACUCAUACACAUACCGCGCCUCUUGCGUUCCCUCUCGGAGCUACUACAGCAUCCGACAUGCGACUCGUGGCGCUCGCCCAUGCAGUUUUCCAAGUCUUCUGAGCCUCAUUUGCUCCUUGGUAUGUCACGCUUACGAAUCGUCCGACUUUUGGAAUCUUUAGUACUUCUCGGCGAGAGCACGGUCGAUUCCUUGCUCUGUCAGUCCGAUUGCUUGGAAAUAUGCCUGAAUCUUUUCUGGAAGUUUCAAUGGUGUUCCAUGUUGCACCAAUCCGUUGCCAACUUACUCGUGCACGUUUUUGAGGGCGCCAACGCGAGGUCAGAAAUGCAAGAGUAUUUCCUCGUGAAAUGCAACCUACUCGGUCGACUGAUGGAUUCAUUUGGCGACGUGAGCCACGAGGGCUUUAACUUGAGGGAGUGUGCUCCAAUGCCUGAUUUUACAGAGCAAGAGCUGGUUAUCGCCAUGAAAGACGCCAAGAUGGGCCUCGACGGUGCCGGCGUCAACGCACCACAGCCAAACGAUAUGGGAUCCCCUGAGGGAACGGAGCGAGUACUGACGGAUGGCAUCAUACCCGUCUCCGACGACGAUGUGGAUGCUGUUCUCGAGCAGCAAGUGGAACAGCAGGAAGCCGCAGAUAUGGCCGCGGCGGCAGCGGCAAUGGUGGAUUUGGCCGAAUCAGAACCUGCCGCCGCACAGGAGGAUACCGCAGUGUCGGUCGGGCAAGUAUCUACAGAAGCGGUCCAGUACGAAUCACGUGAUACAUCCACAGUUGGCGCCAUGAUUGAUGGUGCACCAGCCCAAUCGUUUCGACUGGGGUACAUGGGUCACGUCAUUAUCAUCUGUCAAGCUCUAGUGCAUGCGUGUUCUACAGAGAACGAGGACGAUCUGGAGCCUACUGCUCCGGAUUCGGUGAUUGGAGAAGACGACGACCGCCGUUCGUUGUUGGCCGAACAUCGGCAGGAAGAGGCUCCAACUAUGAACGGCGAAGGCAACUAUCCAUCAGAAGAAGGCGUCGGAGUGCACAUCCCUCAACCGGCUGAUAAUCAAGCAGGCGAUGCAGGCCGCGAUGACGGGGAGAGCGAAAGAGGCGCUGACAGCAAUGCCGAGGGCGUUCCACCACCCAACCCUUUGAUGCUCUCAAAACUGAUUGAUAGCCACCCACUACGGUCGCGAUGGCAAGAUUUUGUGAAGUCCACCUUAUCAACUGAAACAGCCAUUCAAUCGACACCUCUUGGAGGAUUCAACAACAACCCACUUCCCGGAGGCGACCCGUUGCAUGCCCACAGACCAUUAGGCGACGGAGACGAUUUUGACGAUGGAAGUGGCCAGCCAAACAUGCCCCCACGUGGAAUGCUUGGCGGCGGAGAAGUUAUCGACAUGGACGACAAUGACCUCGAUAUUGCUGCUAAUGGAUCAGGCAACACGUAUGACUCCGGUGAGAAGAUGAAGAAAGGAUACUUCUUUGAUGAUCCCUUGGGUGGCAAAAAGAGUGGCUUGGGGCUUGCUCUAGGGAGUCUUGGACAAUACAAUGUUGAUGGGAGCGACGAUGAAGGUGACGGCAAAGGCAGUGAUCAUUCAUCUGAUGAUGACGGUGAUGGUGAUGGGAGCCCUUCCCAGCCUCGACGGACAACCAGCAGCGGUGACGUUCCUGUCAUGAAUCUGUUUGCUGGUAACUUGGGGGGUGACGGCGAAGGACAACCAUCUCAGUCCGAGUCGCCAUUUGGUGACAAUGCGUGGUCGGACUUUGCAAACUUUGAUGACGCAUUUGCAGGUGCGGCGGCGGCGGGAAAUAAUGCAGAUGAUGGCUUCACGGCAGAUUUCGGCUCUUUCGAUACCGACAACGCUCCUCCUGCAAAUGAGCCAUUUCCAUCAACAUCUAACAAUGUCGAUGACAUUUUUGGUGGGGGGCCCACAACUCACGCAAUUCUCCUUGACGAUCCUGCUGAACCUGACAUGAAUGCGAAAGACGUACCAGAUCAAGUGGUUGCGACUGACACGAGACCUGGAAAACCAGAAGACUCUGAAGAAAGACCGGAGUUAUCAGGGUCUUGA